AUGGCGUCUUCAAGAUUACCAGCUAUGUGCACAUUCUGGUCAUAUAGUGCGAACAUUUACUGCUCGAAUGGCAGCAACUUAGGUGAUUUGGGACACUUGGUCGAGGGGCUAAGGGGGCGCCAGUGGAACCCGUUCUUCCAGAGUCAAGUCGGCCAGAUUGUAGGAUGUUCUUCGGUUCUUUGUCUUCAGGUUGAUAUCACAACGAAGACAUCAAAGGCAUCCAGGAUACCAUCCUUUGGAGACAACGAGUAUAGAGCCUACAUACAUCUGCGAUUCCAAAACUCCGACGUCUGUUCAGAGGUACUCUGGUACCCAGGCCCCACCUCUCCCCUAAAAUCAACUCAACUCCAGCCUCCUACCUCUGUCCUCUCAGUCUUCAUACCCCCCAACCCUAAUCUCAUCUACUCAGAUGUCCUCUCACUCACACACACCUCCUCUCAUCAACGACCUCCCCGAUCCCCGAUCCCUACUCAACGCACAACGCACAACUCAAAACAACCCUCCCGGACCUCACCACCACACUCUUCCAAAACGACCAUCAUCACCGACCUUACCCAGCUCACAACUAAACCCGUCAUCACCGACCUCAUCAAAGGGGCCGAGUAA